CGCACCCACUCCUCAAAGAUACUCCAUUGACACCGUGGUCCCUUUGAGGAUUUGCAAUUACUUCUUCUUCAGCACCGCAAUCUCUAGACCGUCAUGGCAUCUCCAUUCGACAUAAAUGGCGGAGCCUGCGUCGCCAUGGUCGGCAAAGACUGCGUCGCCAUAGCCUGCGAUCUCCGUCUCGGCAUGCAGGCCCUCACCGUGUCCAACAACUUCCCCAAAAUCUUCAACUACGCUCCCUCCACAUACCUAGGCCUCACAGGCCUCGCAACCGACGUCGCUUCCGUCUCAGACCUGCUGCGCUACAAAGUCAACCUCUACCGCUUGCGGGAGGAGAGACAGAUAGCACCCCAGACCUUGGCCAACCUCGUCUCGUCCAGUCUGUACGAGAAGCGGUUUGGCCCAUGGUUCGUCAGUCCCGUGUUGGCGGGCAUCAACCACACGACGGGAAAGCCGUUUAUCUGUGGGUUUGACAGCAUUGGAUGCAUUGAUUUCGCAAAGGACUUUAUUGUCAGCGGCACAGCCAGCGACCAGUUAUUCGGAAUGUGCGAGGGGCUAUGGGAGCCUGAUUUGGGUCCCGAGGACCUAUUCGAGACCAUCUCGCAAGCUCUUCUGAACGCUGUCGACCGGGAUGCUCUAUCAGGUUGGGGCGCCCAUGUAUACAUCAUAGAGAAAGAUAAGGUCACAAAACGGCUGCUCAAGGGACGACAGGAUUAGAUGUGGGGGGUUUACACUAUGCGGACGAUUUAUUCUUGCGUUUAGAUUCAUACUUAUCUUUUUUUACUGGCGUCAGUGGUUUUCGGACUGCUUAAUAUCAAUGGAUGAUCUUGAGUGCAUGAAAUCAACUCAGCCUUUUUAACGUUAUGUAUGUCGCUACAAAUGAGCGAUGAAAUGCGCUGCGCUUAGAA